UGAUAACGCUGUCAAUCACGCUGUCGAACGCACGUAGCGUCUCUUCGACCUGUCACAGGAAUAUUCACUCGUCAUUCACGCCAGUUAGCGGAUUAUCUGCCGACGCGUUUCUGAGAGACAACAUACGCGCGACGAUGGAGAUUCCCCGAUGAGGCGAGCGCCGUUGCUUCGACGUUUGUAGCUCGUAGAGGGGGAGAAAAAGAAAAGGAAGAGAAGCAGGAUUUCGCGACGCCGCAUCUUCGCCGUUUGGUCUACGAAAGUUUACUGAAAUCAUGGAAAUGGUUCUGACCGACGUCGCAGAGGAGAGCGGAGAUAAGUUCCAGAUCAAUCCGCUGGUCCAGAUAGUGCGGGUUCCGGUGAAACACACCAAUCUGGGGAUACGAAGCCACGCGAUGGACAUGAGCACGAUGGUGGAACUCACGUCAUUCAGCACCCUGGGAAAGAUACAGCCCUUCCUGGUGACGAUCACGACCACCGCGGCCCUGCUGGUGGACCUGCACUGUCACCUGACGGACAAGGAGAUCUGCGGCUACCUGGGCGGCCACUGGGACAUCAACUCGCACAAUCUUUCCAUAACGUGCGCAUUUCCGUGCCGAUACUCUGGCAAGGACAAGUCAGCCGCGGCGGCGGUGGAGGCUGAAAUCGCGAGAGCCAUGGAGUGGAAGCGCGUCACGCUGGUAGGCUGGUAUCACUCCCAUCCGCGCUCCCACGCGUCGCCCUCCCUUAGAGACGUGGACUCGCAGUUGGACUAUCAGAUCAAGAUGAAGGGGCCCAGCGACAAUGGAUACAUACCGUGCGUGGGAUUGAUAUGCUCGCCUUACAAUACGGAUGGCAAUUGCUACGAAUCAAAUUUCAAUGUCUUCUGGUCUCUGCCACCGCCCGAGAACAGACCCCACGAGUAUCCUCGACCUAUGCUUCUUAGUUACACACUGUCGCAGGAGCACUUUCUCUCCCACGACACGUUGGAGGAGAUUAGAAGAUGUAUAGAAUAUUAUAAGAGCGAGGGUGGAAUUGACUUCACUGCCAAUUUUAAUGGUAACACGACGUAUCUCGAACGUUUGAGGUGUUCCCUGGCGUCAAAGCUGCCGGGUCGAAACAGAUCGAACAGCUCGUACUGGGACGCGAUCAGAGAGAUGAUCUGCCCAGGCUCCGAGGAUGGCAACACGCCCGAGUUCCUGACCAUGAAAUUUCCGUUGGUGUCUGCCUCGGAGUCGCUGGGGCCUCCGGUUCCGCCUGGCGUAGGCCUCACGGCCAGUAACGCGGCCGUUUUCCUCACGCCGGUCAACUUCAAGCCUGACGGUGGUGCCAUAAUCACGCCCACGUCCAAGCCCUUCGUGUUGCAACCGUCGACGUCCCGGGACAGCAUCAAGAAGGACGGCAACCUGGGCUCCAACGACGCCGCGUCCAUCACACAGAUAAAAGACAGCAGUUCUGUCGUGGGCUCCAAGCACAUAUCGCCGUCGGAGAUAAUACCGACCUUCCAGUCGGGCGAACUCACUGUGUCGGUGAAGAACACCAAGUGCGAGUACGACUUCGCGCCCGCGGACUUCUCCAAGUUGCCAAAUCUGGUUGGCGACAGCAGCACCAAGUCUAGAACGUCGACGAAUCCCGAUUUCCCGCUGGCGGACAUCACUCAGCAGAUCACCAAGUUCUCGGAUCUGACGAAGCUUGCGAACUUCCCCACUACCGACCUGGCGAAGCUGUCGGGCUUCUCCAUCGCGGACUUCACACGGACCUCGUCGCCCUCGCCGUCCACGUACAUGCGCAACAUCGCAAACUUGUUCGGGCCCCUCGGCAAGAUCUCGCCGGCGAAGGACAUGGACGGUAAUGAGCGCAAGCCGGGUGAUUUCGUCACCGUCGAUGCGAUCCCGUCGCCCUUCAAGGGCCUCGGCUCGUCGGAUCCCUGCAGAAAUUACUCGGUGGGCGUGGACGAUUACACGAACGAUCGAAAGAAGUUGGACUCACAGACCGACCUGACGAAGGUCAGUAGGCCGGGCGAAUAUCAAGGAAUGGAGGAUCUAACGAUAUCGAGCGUCAAGUCCGAUUUCGGGGGCAUGCUGGACAUGACGGCGUUGCAUAAAAAGCAACAAUCAUCGCAAUCGGCCGACAUGGGGGAUUCCUUGAAUCUCUCGAAAGAUCGGUAAAUCUGAAACUAAAUUAUAUAUUCGAAGUAUGUAUACCGAUGAAAAGUUAUUCUGAAACUUGAAAUUUGACAACUUUCGAGAUUAUUAAUUUCCGAACAGCGUGUCAGCAUUCGCGUGUGUACGAGUCUCGUUUGUUAAUAGCUUUAAAAAAGGUAUUAUCGAUAUUUAAUCAACUGCGUUGAGAAUAUCCAUUUUCACAUUGAUGCUAUUUUAAAUUAUUUGCAUCCUAAAUUAUUCUAGAUCUUAUUAAAUCAGUAUUUUUUAAAUAUACAAAUGUGUAACAAUUAUAUUGCAGAUCUUGGUAACAAGAUUUAAUGAAAUCUCUAUGUUUCAUUUAGUGCUCAAAUUUAUUCUUUACAUUUGAUACCGUGGUACGAAAAUGUAUGUAAGUUGUGGACAUUAGAUGACUUCGACAAGUAAUUUUUUUUUAUACAAACGGAUAUUCCGUUUAGCUUAAUUUUAUAUGCCCAAAAAUGUUGCAACUAUAUCCAAAACCAGCGAUUUAUAAUUGCUUGAGGUAUUAAAAUAAACAAUUCAUUAUGUAUAAAAAGAA